GAUGGUGAUGAGAUAAAAAUGACAACAUCUGCCUUGCCUUUCAAAAUGACAUCACUCUUAAUUGGUUGCUUUAACCAAAAUAGGACAAAAUAUAACUCUAUAAUUCCAGUUUCCAUUCAAGUUUUGUGACGCACAAGCUGUGUUUGACUUUAAGAAGGAAUUGCCUUUACAAUCUUCCGUUUCUUGAAAGAAAGAAAGAAAGAAAGAAAGAAAAGCAUCAUAAUAUGGGUAGCACCGGCGAUGAAGAACUCUUUGAUCAAAUGGUUCGAGACUACUAUGAAUCAGAAUCAAACACACCCAAUAAUAUUCCACCCAUCAUGAUUUCUUCUAGACCUCAAUCCAUUUUGCAGGUUAUUCUUUUGGAGGCUACUGAUUUUGAGAAACAGGUUCUUGAAAAAAUUUUGAUUAAUAUUAGAAAUAUGGGAGAACCAAGUAGUCUCAAAAAAUGGGUGGUGAUGAGAUUGCAAAUGGAUGGCUACAAAGCCUCUCUUUGUAAAACUUCUUGGGUUUCUACUUUCCGUUGCUCUAAAGGGGAUUACGAGUAUAUAGAGGUGAUGAUGAACAACAGUAGCGGCAAGCCAACAAGAGUAAUAGUCGAUAUGGAUUUCAGGUCUCAGUUUGAAGUGGCAAGACCUACGCAGACCUACAAAGAACUCAUAGCCACUCUUCCUUCAAUCUUUGUUACUACUGAAGAUAGACUUAGCAAGAUAAUCUCUCUUAUAUGUCCAGCUACAAGGGAAUCACUUAAAGAGAAGGGUCUCCAUAUUCCUCCAUGGAGAAAAGCUAAGUACAUGCAAUCAAAAUGGUUGUCCAAGAACUGCAAAAAGGUCUCUGUAACGCCCAACGCUGAAAUGGGUUUGGAGGAAAAUGCAGAGAAAGCUACUAUUGCUACUGCUGCUGCAGCUGUUACUGCUAAAUGUUGUCCUUCCAUAUUUUAGCUAAGGGGCACCUAAGUUUCUUGGUCUUUUGAUCUCUAAGCUAAUAUCAGAGCUUAAAUUUGAGGCAGUUUUGUUGAGGCAGACCUAGAUUUUGAGCCUGUAAUGUAUGUAUAAGCUAUUAUAAUCCAUCUACACUCUAUGACAAUCCUUUAGUUAAUGUAAUUUAUCCGAUUUUGUGGAUUUUGGAUUGGUACGCUAAGAAUAUUUUGAUCA